CUUCGUGUUAGUUUUCUUCAUCAAUGUCAUAAAAAUGGCGAGAUAUGACAUUCAGCAGGAAGAUAGUUCCACUUUACCAGCGAUUUCUCCCCGGCAAUCGAAUCCUAUAAACACGUUGAAAGUUGACGAUAGGCAUCAAUCUUCACCUCGUGGCUCAACCAACCACUCUAAAGGAGCCUUGGGUGCUGCCGAUGGCAUCAAUGAAAUACAUAUCACGCCUCCGAGACGCAGCGAUACACCUGAUGAUGCAGAGGGGUGGGACACUGUGGACAAUAUCACUGCUCUUGGGCUAGCCUUUGGCUACAGCAAUACACCCGAACAAGCUUCGCCAACAAAAAAGAGGUUUGUAUUAGAAGAGUUGGAACCGACACAUGAACCUCCCAGCAUCCAGCUUACUCGGCCGCCGUUUGAGAAGUGGGUAAAAGGCUUCAACAAAAACGCAGCACGGAGACACAGACGAGCCAAUAGCAUUGCUGGGACUAGUGUUUCCGACAGCGAUUAUCAUUCCUUGCAAUCCAAAAUUCGCACCCGACACGGCCUCCGAAAGUCCGUAUCCGGUUCAUCGCUUGGGUUCGUCACGGCAGUGAAAAGUGCCAGUAUUAGCCUUGCAAGCUUUAGUAUUGCUACGAAAUCCCGGAACCGUGGACAUUCCUCGAAGCAUCAGAAGACCGACCGCAGCAGUAGGGCGUCUAAUAUUGGGCCCCGAACAUCUGAAGACAGUGCAUAUGCUGCCAGGGGUAUAGCCAAUGAUGUUGCAGUAACGAAUCGUUCUAUCCGGCGGCGUCGAGUGCUCGAAGAAAUUAUAAGCACUGAGGAGGGUUAUUUUGGAGAUGUGAAAUUCUUAAUGAAUGUUUAUGUGACCCUUCUGGCUUCGGUUCCAAUGCUACCAAGCCUCCGGACUUCAAUUAGUCGAAACCUGUCUGAUAUUGUUGAGUUACAUGACGAGCUUUUGGGGGAUCUUCAUCGAGUUGUCCCUCACUCGGAAUAUACACAGCCAGAUUAUAUAUCUAGUCCUGCACCUGAGAAGCAGGGGCAUCAUCGCUGGAGGAGUCUUGAUGCUGUUCCUGAGAAUUCCAGUGACCUUUCGUGGGUGCAGAAAAUCCCUGGGAUGACAGCAGAAGCCCAAGUCGCUGCUGACGUGGCGAAAGUAUUCGGCAAGAGGAUGCACCGCUUUUUCGCGUAUGAGGAAUAUGGAGCGAAGUAUGAGAUGAUGGUCAAGAAAGUGGCAUCAGCAUACAAGACACUACCGCAGUGGGAGGAAUAUCAGAAAGGUCUGGAGGCCUUGGCGGCUUCUCUGGAGUCAACCAAUAUCCAGAACGGCCAACCUAACAAAUCUUUAACUGUAGGUGAUUUACUGGUGAAGCCUAUACAGCGUGUUUGCCGCUACCCACUCCUUUUUGCUGAGCUGCUUAGGCAGACGCCCGUUUGUGAUUGCCCAGAGUCGCACAUGGAGAUUGAAAAGGUUCUCGUGAGACUACGGGAAAUGACAUCGGAGAUCAAUAAAGCAACAGAGGACCCCCUCAUGAAACCAACCAUGGAAAAGACAUGGCUUCUCCAGGACAGACUUUUAAUUCCUGAUCAGGUUGAUCCUCAAUCCAAGACUUUGAUUAGAUCCCUCGGGCAUGUACAUCUAUGUGGUGUUCUCCAUGUUGCGUGGCAAACAAAAAAUGGAGUAGAUGGUCAACAUAUGAUAACUUUAUUAUAUCGGGAUUGCCUGGUUCUUGCCACCGUUGAAAAAUUGGAGAGCGUCUACAAUGUGGGUGCAAUUAUAUUUUUCAACGAUAUCCGAAUCGAGGAAGCAGACAAUGGGAAAGGCAUUCAAUGCCAUACAGCACCAUAUUCUUGGAAAAUAGUGUUCGAGUGUGAUCACCAGCUCUUUGAGAUUAUCUUUAGCGCUUGCUCGUCGAAAGAAGAAUUAGAAUGGAGGAAUCGCCUCAACAUUUGCACAAGCCGAGACCAUACGGACAGUUACGACCAGGCCUUUAUGACAACGGUGUCACUAGGAAUCAAGUCGCUAGGGACUGUUUUCGGAAAACCAGGUACUGUUGCAAGGAAGCUUUCAAUCCGAAGAGCUACGACAGUUGGACCGAAAUCACCUCUAUGUCAAGUCAUUAUCAAGAAUACAAGUGCAACGAAAGACACGGCGACCCCGUCACUAAAUGCAGCAGUCAAUAGAUCGCAAUCACUACUGGGGACAAACCGCAUCCCAGUUCUUGCUCCUUCGAGAGCUGAAAGGGUGAGAUUAGAGCGCUUACUUUCAGACGUGUGGACAAAACAAAUUCUACCCUAUCCGGGAAUGUCUGGACGGGCCCGGAGUGAGCAUAUUGUGCGCUCCUCAGCAAGCUCCAUGAUGAGAAAACUCAGUGUAGCAAGCAUCACAAGUAAUUUCGCCAAACUCUCAGGAAGCGCUGUGAGCCCACAACAUGCCUCUGGCUCACCCGGCGAGGACAAUAGCGACCGAAAAGUUGUUAUUUCAGACAAAGAUCCCGGCUCUCCUGCCCGGUCUAACGUCUUAAAAACGACAGCAAACAAUAUUCAACCGACGACUUCCAUCAAUGAUUUGGACUUGCGCUUUGACUCUACUUUUGAUGAAAAGAUGGCCAGCUUGGCGGCGCCCCCUGUUACUGAGAGUAGUCCCAUCGGAACAAUGAAGCGCUUGGCGGCGUUGAGAGUAAAGAACGUCCUACAGCCAGACAAAAAUCGCCACCUUGCAUCACCGCCAUCAACUCCUCGCAAAAUCAGCCUGGGCCGGAAGAUGAUGAGAAGUGUUUCUGGAGGCAGUGUUGGUGGUCACUCUGGCUCUCCUUUGAGCCAGAUUUCUCGAGAAAGUGAAAAUCAAACCCUGGUAAAGCUAAUCUGAUGGAUGCAGCUAUGGGAUCGCUGCUUAGGUAUUUUAAAACGGUCUCUAUUGUAUGCCGAGGUCUUCGAUAUGGGAUGCGACGCAGGAGGGUAACAUUCUUUGAACACAGCUAUACCUCCCCUCGCCGUCCCAGAGUUCUCUACAUUUGUUCAUUAUUGUGGGGUUUCUGUACAGACAUUUAUAGAACGUGGCUCAGUUAUGCAAAUACCCGUGUUAUACUCCACCAAUUGCAAUUAAUACACCCA